AUGAAGCUGGCAGACACACACACAGAAACCCACUUUCUCUGGUUAGAUCUGUUUCGCUCAGCGCCUCUGCAGCCCGUUCAGCCUCUGAGUCCUCCAGGCAGGAACAGGCCCCAGAACCCGGUUCUGCUCAGUGAUCUCCUGCUGCAGCUCCUGCUGAAGCUCUUUGACUCCCCUCACUGCAGUUUGCUGCUGGGAUCUGACCUGCUGCUCCACAUCAGAGCGUCUUUUCUUGAUGAGACGGAUGAGCUCAGUGAACAUCUUCUCACUGUCCUCCACUGUUUUGUCAGCAGACUGAUCGAUGGCCUCCACCUCCUGCUGGAGCAGCUUCACAUCUUUCUGUGUGUCCUGGAUUCUCUGCUGGAUUUGUUGCCGCCUCCCCUUCAGCUCUCUCUGCCUCUCAGUCCUUUCUGCUGCCGCUGA